GUCAUCACCACCCAUCGCCCACCAUCAUGGACGAUGAUUCGCCUUUCAUCGCUCAUACGGGGGCAGGGCUCAUUCGCUUCGAUCUAUCCGCAGAGCUCGUAGCCCUUGACACUACCUCACCUGCCUCGUACGAUGUAUCCAAUGACGAGACGGACCUCUCGCAGCUUCAACUCGACCAACAGAAUGCACACCUCAACAACCUCAUCGACCAGCUAGCGCUCAUCAGUCCGGACCAACUCCCUCGCGAGCAGCAGCUUUGGGACGACCUCCGUACGCAUCUCAAACACUUUGACAGUCUCCAAGACGGGGCGAGGAGCAAAAUAGCAGAUGGCAUCGUAUCCAGCCUCUCCCACCUCGUCGCAACCAUCGAUCGAGACAUCAAGGGCAGCACAUUGAGGGGUCCACGCAGUCGCUUUGUGAACGACGACGACGACGACGACGACGAAGAUGCUGCUGACGGCAGUUUCCGCUCAUCCAGUAGCCCCGAAGAGCUGAGGCGAACAUACAACCAAGCACUCGAGAUGUGGGCAUUCCUCGUCAAUUGGCUCAUCUACGUCGCAGACCGUGUCGCCAACUCGUCAUCCGCGGGAGGAGGCAGCAGUACAGCAGCAGGGCCGACGACUACCAAGGGCAGAGGGAAGGGCAAAAAGACUGCCGGAGCAGCUUCAUCAUCUUCAGUCUCCUCUGGCUCAGGCUUCCCCUGGACGGCAACGAUUCUCCCUUCGCUCCUCUCUACCAUCUCAAAGCUCCUCCAAAGUUUUCCCUCGGCGCUCUUCUACCCGCUAUCUACCCCUCGUGAUGCAUUUUUGUCAACCUUGCUCCGCCCUUCGCUCCAUCUCCUCGAGCGCGAGUCCAAUCUCAAGACGAGCAGCAACAUCACCGCUCACGUUUACGCCGUCACCUGUCUAGCCGUCAAGAGGCACGGCCAAUCACAAACGGCGCAGACGAUGCUCCUUCAAAUGCUGCAGUACUAUGAGCACCUCCCAGAAGCCAUUGCGCAGCUUCUCACCACCCUGCGCCUCGAGUUCGACUCGCCCAGACUAGCAGAGGAGAUUCUCGUCGAGAUUGCCAAUCGCGAUUUCGCCUCGUCAAGCAACAGUGGCGCAGCAUUCGCCAUGACGGCCAGCCAAGAGAACAAGGUGCCUCGCGUCUUUGCCCGUUUCCUCGUCGCUUUCACCGACGCCAAUCCGCGAACGACGCUCAAGCAGAUCUCGCUGUUACAGAAGCUCAUCGACAGUGAUGCCUACCCGAUUCGCAACGCGCUCGUCGAAGUCUUCGGCCUGCUCAUUCGCGAUCUUGUUGUCACCGACGAUCAGAUUGCGCCUCAGGCAGCUGACGAGACGGUCAAUGCGGAUGACACGAUGAGAGAAACUUCAGCGGAGAGCAGGAAGAAGCAGAUGGAGAGUUUUUGGGCCAUCCUGUUCGAGCGCUUCCUCGACGUCAAUUCGUACGUCCGGGUGAAAGUGUUGAGCGUCUGCACACGGCUCUGCGAGCUGCCGGCCAAGUUCCCAGCUCAACGCAUCAAGUUACUCGCUCUGACCCAACGCGGCCUCAAGGACAAGUCCUCUUCAGCUCGCAAGGCAUCAAUCACGCUCUUGACUCGCCUUGUCCUUACCCACCCAUACGGUCUGAUGCACGGUGGCGAGCUCGACGAGAAAGUCUGGCAGGCCCGCGUCGAUGAGGUUCAGAAGAAGAUGCAUGAGCUCAGCGGUGGCUUGGAACUGCCGGAGAACCUCGAAGACGAAGGGGACCAAAAAGAAGAGGACGGUGACGAUGACGAUGACGGGGAUGAUCAAGAGGACAACCACAGUAUCGUGCGUCGACCCAAGACUCGCAAGUCGAUCAACACCGCAGAGCUCUCGGCGCGUCUGUCUCCUCAGGUCGUGGAAACUCUCAACCGCCUCAAACUCACACAUCGUUACUACAUCGACGGUCUUUCCUUCAUCAGAGCGUUGGCCAACUCCAUGCCAGACCUAGAAGAGCUCCUCUACUCAUCUAGCAAGGCCGAAGCGCUCGAGGCCAUGGAUUUCUUCCGCAUUGCUGCCGAGUACAAGCUGCCUGGAGCUGAGCGUGGCAUGCGCAAGAUGAUUCACCUCGUCUGGACCAAGGACAACGCUAUGGUCGAACCUACGGCGGGAGGUGUGACGGGCGCAGCCAAUCCAGAGGAUCGUGAGCUCAAUGCAGGCAGCAGCGGCUCAACGACUCGCUCCAUCAAGGGUCGACUUAUCGAGGUGUACACCAGCCUCUACUUCACUCCCCUUGAUCACCUCAGUCACAAGGGAAAUGUUGGACUGAUCGCGCGCAACCUCGUGCAGAGGACAAAGGGCGCCUCUCUCGCUGAGCUCACAUCACUUGAGGAGCUCCUAUCAGCAAUGAGCGCCGACAACAUCAUUCACGAUGAUGUCAUCGAUAAGCUUUGGUCGGUCUACGCCACACCGUCCCGUCGCAACAUCGAGAGGUCGCAGCGACGCGGCGCCAUCGUAGUUCUCAGCAUGUUGGCGGCAUCUCGCCGACAGAUCGUCCAAGACAAAAUCGACGUCCUCCUCAGCGUCGGGCUCGGACCGCUCGGUGCGUCCGACCCCGUCUUGGCGAAGUGGAGUGUGGUCGCUUUAGGCCGUAUAGGAGGAUCGACGAAGAAGGUCAAGGGAGCCCUCUCCGACCGCCGCGUGCGCUUCCCCAUGUCUCACCCAAUGUUUAGCAAGCUGCGCUCUGCGGUCCUCAGUGCGGGCCUGGCGCAGAAGACUGGUGGGGAACAGGCAAAGGGCGAGUGGUUCAGCUUGGCCGAGAAUUGCAUUCAGGUCAUCUAUGAGCUCGGCGAGCAACCUGAUCGUCUCUGCGGCGAUAUCGUGCGGUGGUUUCUGGCGCAGGUCUUUACGGCAAAGGAAGGCAGUGCAGCUGACUCGCCACUGCAGCAGAGCAAGUCGCCGCGUAUGAACGGCGGCGGCUUCAAUGAGACGCAGACCCCGUCGCAAUCGCCGUCAAAGGGCCUCAAAGAAGCCACAGCAUCUGCGACAGCCAACCAUUCUGGCCUGGCCAAGACUGCCUCUGCCUUUCAAUUGGCACAGCUCGUAUUCGUCGCAGGCCACGUUGCGUUGAAGCAGAUUGUCUACCUCGAGAACGUCGAGCGAGAGUACAAGCGACGUAAGGCUGAGGCUGAACGGGUCGCGAAGGAAGAUGGAGGCAAAGAUGCGAAGGGACGCGGCGGCAAGAAGGGCGCUGCCGGAAACACGGCUGCUGCCAAGGGAGGCAAGAAGGGCUCCAAGGAUGCCAACGAGGACGAAGGCGACGAGCUUGAGCAAGUUGCAGGCAACGUCGAGGAUGAGAUUGGUGAGGUCAUUGGCGAGGUGCGAGAGAAGGAGCUCCUCUAUGGCGGACGCAGCCUCCUCGGCCUUUUUGGGCCUCUGGUCGUACACAUCGCCAGCAAUCCGAAGAGCUACUCCUCGGACCACGUCCGCAAAGCCGCGGUGCUCACGCUGUGCAAGUUCAUGUGCGUCUCCUCGACCUUCUGCGAGACCAAUCUCUCCUUGCUCCUGCACAUCCUCUCGACGUCGUCCGACGCCACGACUCGAUCCAACGUCGUCAUCGCUUUGGGCGACAUAGCCGUCUCUUUUGGCAACCUCGUCGACGAGAACUCGGACCGCCUCUACGCUGGGCUGAAUGACCGCGAUUUGGGCGUCAAGAAGCACACCCUCAUGGUGCUCACACACUUGAUCCUCAAUGGAAUGAUCAAGGUCAAGGGCCAGCUAGGGGAAAUGGCCAAAUGUCUCGAAGAUCCCGAAGCGCGCGUGUCGGACCUGGCCAAACUCUUCUUCUCCGAGCUGGCUACCAAGGAGAAUGCAGUCUACAACAACCUGCCGGAUAUCAUCUCACAUCUGAGCGUAGGAAAGCACGCCGUCGACGAGGAGACGUUUGAGCGCACGAUGAAGUUCAUCUUCACCUUUGUGGACAAGGAGAAGCAGGCAGAAAAUGUCGUGGAGAAGCUCUGUCAACGCUUCAGGCUUACCUCGGCAGAGAGACAGUGGCGCGAUAUUGCGUACUGCCUGUCGUUGUUGCCUUACAAGUCGGAGAGGUCGGUCAAGAAGUUGAUCGAUGGGCUGCCCUUCUAUCAGGACAAGCUACACGACGAGACGGUGUACCGGCGCUUCGUCGACAUCGUGGCGAAAGCGAGGUCGGCGAGGGGUUCGGGUGGAUCGAGCGCCAAAGCUGCAGCGGCAGCUACCGUCGGAGGUGGUGGUGAGGCAGAAUUGCAGGACUUUGAGCAGUUGAUUGAGGGCUUCCACUCGAAGGGCGAGGAGGAGGUGCAGCUUGAGAGGGGUACGGCGGCCAAAGUGGCGAAAGCUCAGGCCAGCCUUGCGCGUGGUAGUAGAGGUGGACGAGGUGGCGCUCGGGGAGGAGGAGCCGCACGAGUCGGAGGAGGGCGUGGGGGCGGACGCGGACGAGGCAAGAGCGCUGGGAAGAGCGAAGAGAGUGAGGAAGAGGACGACGAUGAUGGCGAUGACUCGGAUCGUGAAGCUGUGGCUCCUGCGCCAGGUCGGUCAAGACGGACAGCAGCGGCCCCAGCAGCGGCCCCAGCAGCGAAAGCGAAGAAGCCGUCUCACCGUGGAGCAGCGAGUCGAGGUGUGCGCAGAAAGGCCGUGGUGGAGAGCAGUGAGGAGGAUGAGGGCGAGGAUGUCGUCGUCGACGACGAGUCGUUCUAGACUUUGAUCUUGUAGUGGCCAAUGUUGUUUCAAUAACACGCAGUGCAAAGGCA